AUGACAGCGUCGGUUGACGACGCAGCGUUUCAUCUACCCAAAUUGCGCGUCUCUUUCGGCUUUGAGAGUGAUGUCCGCUUCUUGAACACCGGCGAUGAUGUACCCGAGUUUUUUGACGUCAAAUUCUGUCCUUAUCAGCCUCUAGACUGCGAUCCUGUGUUCGCAGCCGACGAUGCAUCGGGCUGCUGCUGUACAUGGACAAGAGAUCCCGCUACUGGAGCCCCGUACAUUUGCAUAGGAGGCGGAGAUGCCAAGGUAAAGAUAUACGAUGUGAGAAACGCUAGACUAGUAGAUUGUUUCGCCGGUCACGGAGGUGAUGUCAAUGAUCUUGCGACCUCGCCAAUAGACUCAUCCAUCAUUGCGUCAGCGUCCAACGACACGAGCAUUCGGAUUUGGAGUAUCGAGGACAAGUUCAGGUCGCAACCAUGUCUGUGCAUUCUCGCUGGAGAAGGACACUCUUGGAAUUUACUGAGCUUGGCAUUUCACGACACUGGUCGUUAUCUUCUCUCAGGCGGCCAUGACCAAGUCAUCAAUCUUUCCCAAAAGUGGACUAUUCCUGAUCUUCCAAGCGAGCCCGUCGUCACGCCGCUCCAAGUACAUUAUCCUCACUUUUCCACCUCCGCGGUGCACAGCGGCAUUGUAGAUUGCGUCGCCUUCUUCGGUGACCACAUUCUGUCGCGGGCAUGCCAUGAUAACGUCAUCGUGCUCUGGCGCAUUGAGGGCUUCUCAUCUGACGGCUCCCCGCCCCCGCAGAGCGCGGCCCCGACGGCGCAGACGGCGGUACCGACAGCCCUGGACGACCAGUCGCGGCUCACGCGGUCCUACUUUGCGCCGUCGACUACGCCUGAGUGCCCGUCUCAGUACACGCGGCUGUUGGAGCUGCACACGCCCAACUGCGGGCCGCAGUUCUUCAUGCGCUUCGGCUUGCACCACGUACCCGGGCAGAACCCCGUAUUGGCCUUUUGUAACGCCGGGGGCAAUAUUCUCUUCUGGGACCUACGUCGCCUCGCCGUCUACCACGAUGUGAUGCGGGACCUGCGCGACCCGGACGGCGACCGCGACGCCGCACCACUGCCCACGUGGCUCAAGCCCAUCAUUCCCCGACAGCGCGCCGACAUGUUUGGUCGCAUCAAGAAGCGCCCCGCUUUGGUGUCGGUCAGCACGCGCCAGUCCUCGACGACGUCGUUGCGCGCCGGCGGUGUGCAGGGUGCUGGCGCGGCUGGGGAAUCGGCACAGGAGUUUAGCGCCGAGACGCUCGAGUCCUGGGCAGCCAAGUACAGCAUGGAGGAUCCGCACGAGCCUGUCAAGGCGCACCGGACCGAGUCGUCGGCGUCCACGUUUGUCGGACGCCAGGCGGCGUGGAGUCCAGGUGGUGAGUGGUGCGUGGUGGUGGGCAGCUCCAACACGGCGUUGGUGCUGCAACGGUGGGCGAAGUAA